AUGCCUGAUAUUGCCUACACUGUUAGUGUAACUAACAGGACUAAGGAUUUGUUCUUGACAUAUGGAGGAGAUGAACUUCAACUAGAAGGAUUUACAAACUCUGAUUUCCAAUCAGACAUUGAUGACAAAAAGUCUAUCUCAAGGUUUGUGUUUUUGUGUAAAGAAAGCACUGCCUGUUGGAAGAGCUCCAAACAGACAACUACAGCAGACUCAACCACUAAAGCUGAGUAUGUUGCUGCAUGUGAUGCUGCAAAAGAGGUUGUUUGGAUCAAGAAGUUUAUUUCAGAAUAG